GCUAGCUGCGCAUUUACUCUCAUUCAGUCUGCAUAGUAUAGUAAUUCAAUUGGACCCCCACAACAACCAACUACCCUUUACAUAUACAUUUUUCACUUCAUUAAUAAUAAUAUUAAUAUGGUUGGCACAAUGUCACUCUUAUAUAUGUAGCCUCACCAUACCAUACGUAUCAAAUCUCAUUUAUUCAUCCAAAAUCUUCACUAUCUUAUGGUAGUAUAUCCAUUUCAUCAUUUCUCAAUUUCAGUUUAAUUGUGUCAAAAUUAAGGGCCAUGAAGAGUGCUACACAAAAUAAGCAAUACCAAGAAGAACAAGCUUUGAUGAUUCCACCAAAAAAAGGAAGACACAGAUGUGUGACUUGCAUAUGCAUACUAUUAUUUCUAUUAUUAGUUUUAGUCACAGUUUGUGUUGUUCUUGCCUUAACACUUUUCAAGCCAAAAGAACCAAUAACAAAGAUUUCUUCAGCUACUUUACAAGGUAUAUCACCUCGUGUAACACUUCCUGUUCUUAACAUACAAAUCAAUGUUACUCUUGAUAUCAAGAUUCAAGUCGAGAAUCGAAACCGUGCCAGUUUCAAACAUGCAGAUGGAAUUAGUCUUUUGAUGUAUAAAGGUGUUGAAGUUGGAGAGACAGAUAUUUAUCCUGGUUUGAUUCCUGCAAGAAGUUCUAGUAUUCUUCCUUGUAGACUUAAUCUUCAAGCUGAUAAGUUAGCAUCCAAUAUGACAGGUUUUAUAGGUGAUUUGAUGGGUGGUGAGCUCUCUUUGGCAACAGUUACUAGGAUUCCUGGUAGAGUUACUUUUCUUGGAUUCAUCAAGAAACACAUUGUUGCUAAGUCUAAUUGUCAAUUUGUUUUUGGUGUUCCUGAUAUGGAGAUCAAAAGCCAAAUUUGCAAGAAUACGGCAAAGUUAUGAAUGGAUUUGGAUUGUAUAUGGUGUGAUUGCACGCAGUCAACCACAUAUGAUCCGAAUUUCAAUGAAGAUUUUAAUUUUUGAAAAAUAAAUACUGAGUUUAAAGUCUGGACCGUAGAUUGUACGAUUUUAAUCGAACAAUUUAGAGGUGGCUAGGGGAAGUAGAUUUAUAGGUUAUAUGGUCAUUUCAUACUUCAGUGAUAUAAAUAAUAGUGUUUACAUGUAUUUAUAUAUUUGUAUGCUUUUGUAUAUUAGAAGUUAGUUGUGGUUUUGAAAAUUUUGGGAAUUCCAUUGUGAGGACCUUUUAUAUGUAGAAAUUAGGAAGAUAUAAGAGAUUACUGUAUUUAUAUAUUCAUUGUAUUUUUUUUUGUUUUAAUUCAUUAUAUAUUUGAAGUACAAGUAGGUGGUCCUAUUCAUACCUAUGGGAUAGGAGACAGAGAAACUUAAAAUUAAUUACACAUAAAAUUAAUUACUUCUGAUAUAAUUACAAUAUACAGUAAAUUUUAAUAAAUAGAGAAUCAUAUUACGAA